GCCAACUCGAGUAAUACUUCCUCAAGACGCAAAAAUAUAAACGAUGGGUCGGGUCAUUAGGGCACAAAGGCGUUCGCACGCAAUCUUCAAGGCGCACACUCAUCUUAACAAGUCGCCUGCCAAACUUCGCCCUCUCGACUAUGCUGAGCGUAACGGUUACGUUCGUGGCAUUGUAAAAGAUAUCAUCCAUGACUCUGGCCGUGGUGCACCUCUCGCUCGUGUCGUUUUCCGUGAUCCCUACCGCUACAAACUUCGUAAAGAGACGUUCAUUGCCACUGAGGGUCUCCACACCGGUGCCUUCGUUUACUGUGGCAAGAAAGCCACCCUUGCCGUCGGAAACGUUCUUCCCGUGAGUCAAUGCCCCGAAGGUACCAUCGUCUGCAACGUGGAGGAGAAACUUGGUGACCGUGGUGCUCUUGCACGCACGUCUGGUAACUACGCCACUGUUAUCGGCCACUCCCCCGAAGACAACAAGACCCGUAUUCGAUUACCCUCUGGUGCAAAGAAAACCGUAUCGGGUGGUGCACGUGCUACUAUUGGUAUUGUUGCUGGUGGUGGACGUAUCGACAAGCCUCUACUCAAGGCUGGUCGUGCCUACCACAAAUACAAGGCCAAGCGUUACAACUGGCCCCGUACUCGUGGUGUUGCUAUGAACCCCGUCGACCAUCCUCACGGUGGUGGUAACCAUCAACACAUUGGUAAAGCCUCGACAAUUGCCCGUUCCGCCGUUCCUGGACAGAAAGUCGGUCUCAUUGCCGCUCGCCGGACCGGUCUGUUGCGCGGUACCGUCAAGGUCAAGGAAGUUUAAGUGGGAUGAGCUAUUUACUUUACAUAUCGCUAUGCUUUACGUCCUCGUACCCUCAAAAUCUGUAUGCGUUUUGCAUAUGCUUCACGACCAUGCACUGCCUAUGACAUGCACCCCAUUUUGGUGUGAAGUGUGAGGAUGCCGCUACGACUUACUAGCCUGUGCUCAUGCAAUGAAACC